ACCUUCUGACUUCCUACCUGGAUCUCAGUAUGAACAACAUCAGUGAGCUGCAGCCAAAUGCCUUUCACAACCUGCCCUUCCUGGAAGAGCUUUCUCCUCCUGGCCCGAUCUGACGGCGGGACUCUGGGAAGCCGUUGUGUUUCGCAGCGUCCCCCCCACCCCCCGUACUGCGCUCCUCUCUCCUCUGUAUGGAGUGUCAGUGAAGUGCUUCAGGAGGGGGGAUGUCUGUGUGCAUGGCAAUGCAGUGUCACUAUAAGGAGUGACAUUAGCGCAAGCAGAGCGACAAUGGACUGAGCCAAAGCUGUCAUACAAACUGCGCAGGACCAGACAGACUUCCGGAUCCUCUAGUGAAACCCUCUCUGUGUGUGCAGAGCAAGGCUUUACACUUCAAAUAAUACUGACUCAACAGAACCCAUUUCAGAACGGUUACCUCGCUGUUUAUUCUCCAUUAAUCAGCCUCUCUGACAGCUGUGAAGCGAUACCAGCGUCGGCCAGCCGCAUGUCGGGUAACCAGCUGAGACACAUCCCCAGCCUGGUAUUCACUGGCCUCCACAACCUCAAAGUGCUAAUGUUACAGAACAACCAGCUCCAGCACCUCCCCAGCGAGACCUUGUGGGACCUGCCAAACCUCCAGUCUCUGCGUCUGGACGCUAACCUCAUCUCAGAGGUGCCCGAGAAGGCUUUCGCAGGGCUGCGCUCGCUGAGGCACCUGUGGCUGGAUGACAACGCCCUGUCUGAGAUCCCUGUGCGCGCCCUCAAUAACCUGCACACCCUGCAGGCCAUGACACUGGCUCUGAACCGAAUCAGCCACAUCCCUGACGGAGCCUUCCGCAACCUCUCCAGCCUCGUGGUGCUGCAUCUUCACAACAACAGGAUCCGGUCACUGGGACAGAACUGCUUUGAAGGACUGCAGAGCCUGGAGACCCUAGAUCUGAACUACAAUGAUCUUCAGGAGUUUCCAGAGUCCAUCAGAACCCUGGCCAAGCUUCAGGAGCUGGGGUUUCAUAACAACAACAUCAAAGCCAUUCCUGAGAGGGCGUUUGUGGGCAAUCCACUCCUGCAGACCAUACAUUUUUAUGAGAACCCCAUCCAGUUUGUCGGAGGAUCAGCUUUCCAGUACUUGCCAGCGCUCCACACCCUGUCCCUGAAUGGAGCCACUGAAAUAAAAGCAUUCCCUGACCUCAAAGGAACCACCAGUCUGGAAAUUUUGACCUUGACAAGAGCUGGACUGACCUCUCUCCCGAGGAGCCUGUGUCAGCAGCUGCCUGGCCUGCGAGUUCUGGAAUUGUCGCAUAACCAGAUCAAGGAAUUGCCCAGUUUCCACCGCUGUCAGCGCCUUGAGGAAAUAGGCCUCCAGCACAACCAGAUCAGGGAGAUCAGAGCCACCACCUUCCAGCAGCUUGCAGCCCUGCGAUCACUAGACCUCAGCUGGAACCACAUUGAAUUCAUUCACCCAGAGGCGUUCAGGUCCCUGCGCUCUCUGGUCAAACUAGACCUGACUGACAACCAGCUGACCACUCUGCCCGUGGAGGGGCUCAGCGGACUGACACACCUCAAGCUGAAGGGAAACCUGGGGCUGUCCGAGCCUUUCAGAGUGGAGGACCUUCCCAAGAUGAGGGUCCUAGAGAUGCCCUAUGCCUACCAGUGCUGUGCUUACGGGGCUUGUAAAACGACCUUCAAGCCAGCCAGCCAAUGGGACGCAGAGGAGACAGGAAGUGAGGACGAAGACGUGCCCAAGAGGACUGUGGGCAUGUUCCCGAGCCACGCUGACAGCCACUAUUUCCUGGAUAUGGACGACUUUCAGCUGGAUGUUGAUGAUUCCAAACUGCACCCCAACGUCCAGUGCAGCCCUUCUCCAGGUCCCUUCAAGCCAUGUGACUACCUUUUCGAUAGCUGGGUGAUUCGACUGGGCGUGUGGGCGAUCGCACUGGUCUCCCUGAUCUGCAACAGCCUCCUGAUCAUGACGGUCUUCGCCUCCCCAGGCUACCUGUCUCCUGUCAAGUUCGUCAUCGGCUCCAUUGGGGGCGCCAACCUGCUGACGGGCCUGUGCACAGGGACACUGGCGCUGGUGGAUGCCCUGACCUUCGGAGAGUUCUCCCGACACGGCGCUCGCUGGGAGAGCGGGCCAGGCUGCCAGGCUGGGGGCUUCCUCUCCGUCUUUGCCUCCGAGGCCUCUAUCCUCUUCCUCACGCUGGCUGCGGUGCAGUGCAGCAUCUCGGUCUCCUGCGUCCGGGCCUACGGGAAGUCCCCCUCCUUCAGCAGCGUCAAGGCAGCCGCCCUCUGCUGUGUGGGCCUCUCUCUGGCUGUGGCUGCCCUCCCACUCUUCUCGGUGGGGGAAUAUGGGUCCUCCCCUCUCUGCCUCCCCUCCCCGCUCCCAGAGAGCCGUCCUUCCACUCUGGGCUUCAUGGUGGCUCUCAUCAUGAUGAACACCCUAUGCUUCCUGGUCAUUACCGGCACCUAUAUCAAGCUUUACUGGGACCUCAUGAAAGGAGAGUUCGACAGCAUCUGGGAUUGUGCGAUGAUCAAGCACGUGGCCUGGCUCAUCUUCACCAACUGCCUCCUUUACUGCCCUGUGGCCUUCCUCACCUUCUCCUCCCUGCUCAGCCUCUUCCCCAUCAGCAACGAGGUCAUCAAGUCUGUCUUGCUGGUGCUUCUGCCUCUGCCAGCCUGCCUCAACCCCCUCCUGUACCUGCUCUUCAAUCCCCACUUCAAGGAAGAUCUCCGGCUGCUGUGCAGGAGACCUGAGCCCACACAGGAGGAAUCUACAGACUCCUUCGCAUCGGAGGAGACCGAGAAGAGCUCCUACGACUCCACCCAAGCGCUGGUGACCUUCUCCGAAGUGAAGCUGGUCUUUGAGGGGGCAGUUCUCCCCAGGCUGGAGUCCUUCGGGUGCCCCCAAGCUGCCUCGGUAACCUUCGUCCCCCGUCAGCAACCAGACCUUUGUUGGCAAGAGGGUGACACUUCUACAGCCCCACACCCCUGCCUCACCGACGAGGAACUCCUGAUCGCUUCCCAAAGUGACGACCUGCCAAGCAGUGGUUACUCCAUCCAGUUCUAUCGACCCCCCCCGGCCUCCUCAUCCCAUUUAUAAACUUUAAAACGAACACUGAAACGGAGGAAAAAACGUCCCCUAUCACGGGAUCUGUUCUGCGUCUUAGAAAUGGGUUAGAUAUCUGAAGUGCAGUUCCCACGGUCCUGCUUGACAGAUUUGGUUCACAAGUCCCAGAAUCCUCCAAGAUCUACUCCCACCGUUCACAACAAUGGGUUUGGACUACAUUUCCCAUAGUUUGACUGGUCUCUGGACUACAACUCCCAUAUUCCACAAUGAAGACUGUAAAUCGCUCUUCUAUAGCGAAGCGACUGUUCAAAAAAGCUGAAUUGAUUGGAAACAGGCAUGAACCUCAUUUAAUUUGA